AUGUCUUUCGGCAGUGUACGGAGUGUCAUUUGUACGCUACUGGUUUUAGCGGGGCUGUGGAUUUUAUUCUUGGUAGCUGCUCAUCUUAUUUUGGACAUAGAGCAGGGAAGAAAGUACUUUGAAGGUCUUAAGCUCGUGAAGUUUGGCGGAGGAGAAAAUAAAAGAGAGUCUUUACGAUUACAAGAAGAGCUUUACUUGGAAAAGAUUGAAGGUCAGUAAAGAUAUUUUACAGAUCGCCAGCGCAGUAGUCUUAUCAGUUGAUUGUAGUUUCAAUAUUCUGUCAAAGACAAAAUUCAGUUAAGUUCUACCUAAAGGACAAUAUUAAAACUCUCGGUGAAGAAAAAGCAAACUCCAAAGAGAUUUUUACUUCGAAAAUGAGAACCUCCACUUACUUUACCCCAGUCUUCCUGAAAGUUCAUCGCUUCGCUUUAUCUCCUUUCGCGUCGAACUCAGGUAGAAGAGCAGUUUUCAAUGGUUGUACGAAACAAGAGUUUUCUGAGUUUAGAUGGUACAACCGAGAAUUGAAUGCUAUGUCCGCAUUAUACCAGAUAUACAGCUUUGCGCCCUCACGGAAACUAUACCAGAUAGAGCCUCUGUUCACACAUAAGAACGGUGAUCACGGCGCGAUUUCUGUAACGAAGCGAAGCUGCUCUGACCUUGGGAUCGUAGACUGCGAGCAGUCUUUCUUUUUCUUCAGAUUUAGUGAGAGCAAUACACGCGCGCGGGAGCGGCGAAGCCGCGAGACGCCAUCAGUCACGCGCGUGGCCAUUUGCGUGUCCCACGUUUUGCUCGACGGACUACAGAAAAAAGAGAGACUGCUCGCAAUCUAUUGGGAUCGUCUCAUAUCGGAUAGGUUUCUGUCACUUUGUUUCGCAGUGUGAACGGGUCAAUCGGACCGUAGCGGAAGUAACUGGGGAGCUUUAGCAACGACCACGGCGACCGCAGCGAGAACGGCAAAACUAAUCUCGUACCCAGAUCUCCCACGGCCAAGGGAGAGUGAGAUCUGGGUACGAGAUUACGGCAAAACAGCAAUAGGUUUAGUUAGCAAGACAACAACUUUGCACGUGCAUCACGCAUUUUUGUACAUUUCUUUGCCGUCACUGCACGACUACGAGGUCAAAAUGCCUAAUUUCACGUUUUAUGGAGAACGUAAACAAGGAACGACGAAUUUUUCUUUCUCUUUCUAAACUUGAGUCCGGUCGCCAAGAAAUCAACUCCAGGGAAACUCGCCCACAUUUCACAUUUUCAGUGAACUGGAAUAAACGUGACAAAGUUUGAAAAAACGCGAAUCCAUUUUAAAAGUGACGUUUUCGCUGCCGUCGCCGUCGUCGAUGCUAAAGCUCCCUAAUGAGAAGCUGCGACAACUGGAACCCACUGAGGCGAAGUAAAUAUUUGGGAGUGAGGAUAGCGAUUUAGAGCACCGAACCCAAACAUUUGUCAGUUGCUUCAGCAAAUAUCUAACUGUCCUAGCUGUUCCUCAGUAGGAUGCUUAAAAUGCGUGCAAUUCCACUGUUGAGAUUUGCUUCAUUAAAACCUUUUCUAAUCACAGAUCAUUUUAGAAGAGCCACACACAAUGUGAGCACAGCUUAUACUGACAGAACAUGUUACUAUAAGCGAGUUAAAAUAUUCUUUCAAAUGCACAACAGAUGAGGACGAAGUGGAUUGUGAAAUACCAGAAGAUAAAUCCUAUCCAGACUGCAAAAACAGAGUGGAGGUAAGUGGGUUUUAAGGAUACAAAUGUACCAGCAAACGAUUAUUUUGAGGCAUGGCUUCAGAUUAACGUUUUAUAUGUACUUUUAUUCUUUGUUAACAAACUAACGAUUAGUUUAACGUUUUUAUUUUAAGCUGCUAAGAAACAACUGGCAAAAGAACCCAUGUUACAUGGAAUAUGACGUAGAUGGUACUACUUGCUCCUUGGUUAUAUAUCUCAGCGAGGUAAGUCUUUUACUGAAGGCGGUUACGACUGCUUCUCUCUCAGCCGCUUGUCACAAAAGUUAUUGUCUUUUAACUCUUGUUUUUCCUUAUAUUUACUCUUAUUCUUUUUCUAGGUGGAGUCGUGGUGUCCCCGGUUAACUUGGCGAAAAUAUAUGAAAAAGAAAGAACGAAGAAGACAAAAGGUAACCUUCACUUGCAAAUGACCCUCAUUCUUUCAUUGUCAGAGUUCUAGCCGUUAUAGCCUUCAUUUUUAUGUAUGAAAAAUUUCGUUUUUUGUCUUAGGCAAUACUACAGAAUAACUCUGAUAAACUGCUCUCCAAGUUAAACUCAAUACCUGGAUCUCAGCCAAUCAGAUCGCGGAUAUUAAGCAUGUGGUCGUACUGGCAAGAUAGCCUCCAUUUCAUGCGAAGCAAGGAUAAUAUUGACAUGCGCAGUGAGAAGAAGGUACAUUCUAACUCUCAUCGAGUUAAACAACACUGGUUACUGGAUGUGAAUCCAUUUAUACGGUCUUGAAGACUUGAGAUUCUCGCUUCGUAGCUUACUGUUUUAGACGCCUAGCUGCAAAUUGGUAGCUAAGGAGAAAAAAGGAACCCGCGUUACUGUCGCAAAAGAGAUAAAGAUUUAUUAUCUGGGGAAUAUUGAACAUCGUCGCAGUAUAGUAGGCGAUGAAAUACAUAUGAGACUCAUCUUUGCCGGCGCAAGCUUAUUUUGAAUAUUCAAAGCACUAUCGAAUAUCCAUGUACGACCACCUUCGGUAACCGAUCACCUUCCAUAAGUGACCAUCUAUAAAAGACACCAAAAUUUUCCCAGUCAAACCCCUAUAAAUAAUAAUAGUUAGAAUCUCUCGUAAGUGACUGGACCAAUUUUGGGGAUGACACAUGGUCUGAUCUGUAUGUUUGCUGUACUUAGAGUAUGUGAAAAUCUUGCAAAAAGUAGAUUUGUCCAAACCUCUUCUCUUAAGACACUCCCCGUGGUUCAGUUCUCGUAAGCCAUCACUUUUUAAUUUAAUUUAAUUUAAUUUUGUUAGAUUCGCCAAUUAUUGCCAGGGUCACCGCAACAGCGUGACGCCAAUUACUGCGGGCCCGUAACAGUCCCUACCCCCAUGAGAGAUAGACCACCACACCGGGGACUACGUCCCCUACUCUUUACGAACAAUGUGAGGGUUCUUUAACGUCCCAAAGAAUUUAUAUAUGCAAGGGUUGUGAGACGGGGCCUAUGAUUUAUCGUCCUUACCCGAGAAGACUAGAAAGUCUAACCGUUUGCAGAUGUCUUCACUAAGGGAGCACUUUCUCUUCAAUUUCGCAUUUGGGGUCGUCGCUUACGAAACAUUCAACUGCACUGUAUUUAUUGCAGAUUUUGGUAUUUAUUGGCCUGCUGAUGGGUGCUCCUAAAAACCAAACUAAACUGACAGAUGAGCUGCUCCAAUGGAGCGAUCUUCUUGCCUCUCUUUAUGUUCUUGGACAUGACGUCAAUGUUAAGACCGACCGUGUGGAAUUACUUAGGUACAUAUAAAGUACUAACUAUCGACGCAGUCUGGCGACAUACUCUUAGCUACUCUUAGUGAGGUGUGUGCAUUCCACCUGAUACAAUGCUUUCCUACAUAUUGACUUAAAAUCAGGCAAGUCGGCUAACUAAUGAAAGAUAGAAUCCCAAUUGAGAUACCUAUUUUUCAUUCCUUUCUUCUAGCCAGGCGUCUCAGGGAAGGGGAGGGGGGCUGUCAUACCAUUUAGGGGGAGAAAAUUUGCAAAUAUUUAUCGGCGACAUGAGUGCUUUUGUUGCAAUCUACGCUAGAUGUUUCAGAGUUUUUGAUUAUAUUCGGCAGCCAGCGCGUGCGCAGUGAUUACAAACAUCAAUGCCAGGACAUGCAAGAAACGUCGGAUUUUGAUUCGUGGCAUCCUCGGGACCAAACGAAACGGAGGCGACCGGAAAAAGAAUGGAAAAGAGGUUGAUAAUACUGCUGAGCAGUAUUUGCCAGUCUAGUGCCAAAUAAAAUAAAAACUUUCCGACUGUUUUUGUAGUUUAUUGACUGAGGGUAGUCAGUUUGCUCACCGCGGCUGUGAGAAAGGAGAUUCUGGAUUUGAUCUGGUGUACAUUGACCUGCCAGGACUUCAACAGCUAGUGACGUCAGCACCGGACCCAGGAACACUGUAUCUUGUGUGGUCUAAGUAUAGGUAAGAACUGAAAUAAGUCGUAUCAUCUCCGCUGUUAUAUGUCCAUGUUGUUAAGGCGCAUCAGUCUGCUACCGGCCAGCCUCAGAGUCUGCCACACUCGCGAGAUCCAACAAGAACGACUUCUCCAUCCAUACCUCCCAAGGCCCUGGUAACAUAGAUGUGCGUAUGCGUACAUGUGUGUAUGAGUGCAUGUGUGAACGUCACCACUCUCGGGUAUUUAUUGACGGGUAUUGAUUUCUUAAGAAAAUGACGGACUACUUUUAGUCUAGAGAUGGAUCGCGUUCUGUGAAGUAUGAUUAACGACCGCAUGAUUGUUUAUUAACUUUUUAGCUGUCGUCUUCGUGUUCUGGCCCCAUUUGGAAUGGACGCCGAGUUUAACUUCAGAGAUUACACAGGACCAAUCAUGGGCGAGCGAUCUCACCAGGGGAACUGGAAUCUAAACCUUAAACAGUUUCUUACCAAAUAUCGUGAGUUGGGAUCAAUAGGCCAUUUCCGAGUUCCAAAAAAUCUCACUUUCAAAACGAGGCUAAGUGUGAAACCUUUGUUGUGAAAAUGAGUUUUAUUUGCAUCAUAAUUAAAAAUCAUUUUCAUAUCAAUGGCUUCAUACUUAGCCUCGCUCUGAAAGUGAGAUUUUUUUGGAACUCGGAAAUGGCCUAUUUAGGUUUCUGGGAAACUGCCCACCUACCCCUCCCCUAAGCCAUCAUUUUGCCCUAAGUGACAAGUAAGUGUUGAUAUGAUUUUUGAGGAGGGGUAGGUGGGCAGUUUACCAGAAACCUAAAUUGAUCCGAAGUUGCACUAUUAGGUGUUCUUCCUUGCUUUUACCCGGUGCGCGUUGUGUCUUGAGAAGCAUGCACGUUCCGUGACAGCCUGGGCUCCCUGUUUUUCUGGCCAUGGAGGCGUCUGGGAAAGAGUGACACCUGCCUCACCGUAACUUUGUCUCGCUUUCUAUUCGCUUUUAUUUCUGCUGCCAAAAUUAACACAAGAAAAGUUUGUUCUCUAGGUAGAUAGUGGACGUUCAAAUAACCAGAAAAAGAAUCAAAACUUAUCGUGUUUUGCUUGCAAGCGUUCUUCUGCGCCCGUCGAAGUUUGAUGGUUUAUUGAGUUUUCUAACACUUCUUCUUCGCACUUUUUUUUUUUUAUCUUUUGACUCUACCAGCGUUAUCGGUAGACAACUCCUUCCUUGGAUUUGCUGUAAAACGUCCACAAAAUGAGACUGUACCAAAGAAAACAUCAAUGGCUUUUGCUGUUGGAGGCGUAAAGCAAUUCAGUGUAAGUAAUUAAGGGGUUUGUUUAGCCUUUUAAGUCCCGAGAGUGAUCAGCAUCGAAUUUCUCGUCAGUUACAACAUCAAGAGAAAAGAAUAAAGGGAAAAUGCUUGGAUGAAAAGUGCUUUGAUCUUUCACUACGCCAAAAGCCGUGAGUGUAACACCCAGCUGAAACUUGAUUUUACUUACAUCUUUCAAGUUAUGUCGAAGUCUCAGUUUGUUGAAAAAAGGCUGAUAUACAUCCUGGACUUGGUUUUCUCAUUCAUGAACUCCUAGUUUUCUUUUACCUCCGUUGAAUUUUAUUUUUAUUUUUUAAAAAUUUUUUACAUGACCGCUUAAGAAAUAUUAUGCACUUAUCAAAAACGUAGUUAAUGUUUCAUUCUACUUUUCCCCCUAGGCUCACAAACAUUUCUUAAGAGCGAUUUACAAAUACAUCAGAAUACACGCUGCAGUGGUAAGUGGAUAAACCAUCCUCUUUUUAUUUGUUACCUUCUGGAAUCGACACUUAAGUCUUCAUUCAAGGUCAAAGAGAGAUCAAGAGAUUUCCUUUCGUUACCUCGUCUUCUCUCCCUUACUUCCUUCCCGUGAGAAUCUACUUGCAAUGCAAGUCUUCUUUGUUUAGUCCGCAGAGGAAGGGAAGAUGGAUCUGCCGUUUAUAAUCAACCAUGGCAAUAUAAACUCCACCGCUAUAGGUCAACUGCUUCAAAGGUCCAAGGUAAAACUCAUUUCGUACCCAGAUCUCACUCUGUCUUGGCCGUGGGAGAACUGGGUACAAGACUAAAGUAAAAUGGGUUCGAUAUGAAACGACAACAAUUCUUCCACCUUUAUGUUCGUAGAAAAUUCAAGCUCUUACUGGCAACACGUUGAAAAUUCCAUUUCUUGCUUUAAGGGUGUUGAAAAUUGAAGAUCGUUCUGACAAUAUGUUGAAAAUUCAAGAUCUUCCGGCCGCAAGAUUAUGAUAAUUCGAGAUCUUUCUUACUAGAUGGCACGAAGUUCAACCUUGUUCAGACUAGUUAAACCCAUCCAGCCGCAGUCAAUCUCACAGAUCUCAUCCGUAUUCAUUCGUAAUCUUAUUAGCAUUAACAAUUGGAGUGUGUAGGAGUGAUACAGAGAUUGAGAAAGUAGGGUGGAGGGGAAGUGCGUCGAUGCGUCAGUCAGUAAUCCGCUUAUCAUACAAGAGCCUCUUCUUCCUAUCUACUUGCCUGGACCAUUGUUAUUAUAUUACUUUAUAUUUGAUAGAAUUGUGUGUGUUUUGGUGACUUUUUAUAUUGGAUAACACUUUCGUGAUGACCAACAUAAUGAUAAUUUCUAAGAAAAAAAGCCCUGGGACCAAGGUUUCAUAUAAUGGCUUACUGACCGUGCGUCUUACUUAAUAGAAUGCAUAUCCGAAAUAUAAUUUACAUGUCAAAACUCCCACUUCAAAAUUUAUAAGAGAUAUACUGAUUUGAUACCGGACACACUCUCCGGACGUCUAUGUAUUUCUUAUUAAAAUUUGGAGUCUGAAUGCCUCUAUCUCGUUCAAUAUAGGCCCGAUAAACACCAAACUUGAGAAUGUUCCUAACAUCAAUGUGCUCUUUCUGACUAUGUGAGACUCGUGCUGUUUAUCCCAUAAUAAACGUACGCGACCCAGCCUCUCUCGGUUUGAAAUUAGGCAAUUAUCCUCACUCUUGUUUAUUUAAAAUCCCUCUUAAUUGAAAGGAGCUGCUUAGAACCUAUAAACGUGGCAAAUCUCUUUGUUAAACAAGAAGCUCUUGGUGUGGAGAUUAAACAAAACGUAAAACUCCCUGCUUUUUUUUGUACAGUAGCUAAUCUAAAAAAUCGCUUUCAGUUGCUAAUAGGUCUGGGAUCACCGUACGAAGAAGCUUUGGCUUUAGAAGCGAUAUCACACGGAUGUAUCUUCAUUAAUCCUAAAGUAAGAAGCUUUAAUUUUGCCUUUAAUUUUUCGCCUUACGUUUUUCCGAUAGCAGCUUCCGUUUUUUUUGAGAUAUGCUCUUCAUUUAUCUGCUCCGAACUAUACGACACAAGUGGCGCUUAUUCUGAAUUUUCUAAAAAAAAAGGAGUCUGGCCAGUUUACCUUCAUCUUUCACUUAAGAGUGUUUUUCGCGGAUUAGAUGACUACACGUGAUACGUGAAAUCGUCUAGACCAUGAUUUUACAGCCGAAAGCUCACAGGUACCGACGAGGAGGCAAUGGGUAUUCAUUCUUUUUUUCGCGUUUUAAUCCUUUUUGUCGCAUAGUGUAAAUAGGAGAACCGACAGCCGAUGAAAAUGCUUGAAAAACAAUAGACUGCAAAACAGUCCGAAUUUUUUGCGUAUUCAAGUACGCGCUAGCAGUCAAACAAAAGGUCUGGAAUGAGGCUGAAAACACGACGAGGGGAGAGACGGCAAUGGGACGUAAUCAUUCUUUUUGAUUUUGAGAAAAAAAACCGACUGUUUUAAUACAUUUUUAAUUGAAAUAUACUAUUCCAGGCGGUGAGAUAGUGUUAGCGGCGCAAAGAAAAGAGAGCAAGAAAAUUCAGUGAGUGGUGGGGUAGUCUGUUCUCCAAUACCUGAACGCUUGGAAUAGGUUAUAGAAGGCUUUAGAAGCCACUGUAUUUGGUUACUGUAUCUGAGUUUAUUUGAAUGAUUUCCGCUGAUAGGAUAUCACGUGAGAAGAAAAUUGAAAUGCCUUAAUAUUUCUCACUUUUUGUCAAGUUUUGUUCCCCGCUUUAUUCCGUUUUGAUCAAUGUAAACAGUUUUAUUCUUUCAGUUUAGGCGGCCUAAAAAUCGGAUCAAUUCCAAAGCGCUUAAAGAUCUACCGUCAUCAAGAAACGUAAGUAUUUAGUCGAUUUCCUACUUACUUACUGUAAAUUGGCCUGUGAAUACAGCCGGCCGCCUCUCGCCAUAGCUUAGUGUAGCCUUGCCCUCCCUCCCCCUCCCCCGUGAAGAAAAUUCAGGGGAGGGUAGGGUACCACCACACUUAGACUACUCUCCCUGGGCACGUUUUUCGAUAGAGACGUCUGCUGAUUGAGAUAAUUACUAGGUACUUGCUAUAACUCUGCGUUCAGUUUAAAUCACUUUGAUCUUUUUCUUUCCCCAGUUAAGUUCGCAGCAUCCCUAUCUGGAGAAAUUUGUUGGAAAACCUUUUGUUUACACAGUUGACAUUUGGAAUAAGACGGAGGCGACGCAAACGCUUCAAGAGAUCUUAACGAAAAAGGUGAAACACUGCAUCUACUUUUCUUGCAAGUACCCCUAUCAUAACCGACUUUAUAACGUGUCACAUUCUAAACUGUAUUCUGUGGUUUAGGUCAUACCGUAUGUCCCGUUUGAAUUUACUUGUGAGGGGAUGUUGGAGAGAUUAAACGCUUACAUCGAAAACCAGGUAAGAAGACGUCCGCACGUUUCCAAUUAGAGUUUUCCAGUUAUUUUUUUACUAGUACUUCUAAAGAAGUUUUAUGUUCUGGCGUUGUCUAUUUCCUCUACGGCGUUUUCCCAGUCCCUCUCGGUCAAUUCACUUCGGUGACGUAUCGAAGGAGAACGGGCAUUUGCUUAGUUCACGUGACCCGAAACGCUUUGGCCGCGCGGAAUAAUGAAGCCUAAGGACUAGGAAAGUUCUGGCGCAUUACUUUUUCUUUCUUUACUUGCUCACAACAAUUGAACACUACUGUCUCUUUGCUUCCCUGGUUAAUUAGAACUUCUGUGACAAGUCUCACCACUGGCCAGUUCAAAAUGAUGAACUUAACAUCACAAUGGCGCGUGCAGGAACAUCGUGCACUGAAGCGUGUUUUAGAGAAGGUAUUUGCCUAUUCAAAAUUAGCUUGCGAACAGCCUCCCAAGUGGAGUGGGGCGAAACAGAAAAUCGAGCCGAGCGUGGCCGAGCGUGGCCUGGUGAGAGAAAACUUAGGACCCCAGGCCUCCUCCAGGCCACGCUUUUUCGCCCCACUUCACUUGGGAGCCUUUCUGGGACUAAUAUAAAGUACAUUGUGGUUUACUUUCGUAACGAUCCAGCUAAGCCGUGACCAUAAGCCUUGCACGAUCCAACCUCGUUCCCAGGGCGCUUUUCCCUUUUCCGGCCCCGCCUCCAAAGCCAGGGAAAAGCGCCCUGGGGACGAGGUUGUGCACGAUCACUAGUCAAUUCACUGAGGCGUGCUACUAACCACUAAAAUUAACCAAAAAUCAAGAAAAGGAAAAUACUUAAGUUGCAAGUUGCAAGUUAAGAUAUAAAUUUAAGAGGGCGGUGUAUCGAAAAGUUAGAAUAUUUAAUGGUUUGAGAUAUAAAGUGCAAAAGUAAAAAAACCAUGUAGUUGGUUUAAGAGCGUGCUACCAAUGGGCGUUGGCUGAAAUUAUGUUCCAAUACACACCUACAAUCCUUGCCCGUCUUAAUUAUUAUUGUGUGCUUGCUAUUUGUUGUGCAGGUUUGACUUGUGAGCCAGAGUACUUCCGUCUCCUUAAUUCCAGGUAAAACUUUCAUCAAGAAACUUGUAAACUUGUACUUCGCUUUUGUUUUCAGGUUUGUGGGAAAAUACCUUACCAACAAUCGGCGUCAAAAUUAGUUGACACACUUUGCCCUAAAAGGCCUUUCUGACGAUUUACAAGCUUCAAAUUGAGGGCAAAAUGAAGCUUUCCCUCCCCAACUCCCUAAAAACAAUGUUGCACCGCUGUUCAAACUACCGGCAGGAAAGCAACAAACUGAGUGAGACUGGGUCUGUGUUGUGUCGAAUUGCACUAUGGGACUGUUUUUGGGACGCCUGUACUUCUUUUAUUUGCUGUUAUGAGAUUGCGUAGGAAUAAACUGGGACAAUAGGGAGCUUAAACAAAGACGUGGUUUUUGAGCGACGCCCGUCAACCGGAAGUGAGGUAUUUUCGCUUUUUAAAGGCAUAAUUAGCCUGCGAGCAAGCUCUCCUAUUUGGGCGAGCGAAGCGAGUCUCGCGAAACGCACAAGCGAGUGGCGAAGCCCCCUCGCUCGCGUGUUCUCGCGAGGCUUUCUUCGCUCGCCCAAAUAGGAGAGCUUGCUCGUAGGCUACCAAAUGAGUGUCGCCUGAAGAUUUGGGGAUAACACUUGCCCAAGAAUGUCGGCAAAAAGCGCCCACUUACGGUUGACGUGUGUUGCUCAAAAACGUCUUUGCUUAAGCUCUCUAAUAUGCCUUUUCAGCACAGCCUUCAUAACGUUAGAUCAGUUUUAGAUAGCGAAUGCUUACAUUUCGACUUAACCUUGGCACAAGAAACUGAGCUUUAUCAAUGAUUUUGUUACAAAUAGUUAUGAUGUGUCCCAGGUUUCAUCUUGUGAAAAAUCAUGAGGUCCAGUCCAUAACCAAUGAGUCCCAGUUCAAAAAAAAAAAGGAGUCAUGCUUGGGCCUUUAUGUAACCAGACAGUUAAGCUGGAGGCAGACGCCAAAACUCUUAAUUACUGUUUACUGAAAUUAAAAUAUAAUCCUUCUAUUUAUUUAAAGCACAAAAAUGACUAAAAUAAAUAGGCAUCUUUAAACAACAGCCACAAGAAUAUUCUACCAAAAAAUCUUCAAAUCUAUCGAUCGUUCUUUGCGUCCCAAGGAGAGCAUGCCAUGAAUAUAUUUAGCGUCUUUGGGGAUUUUUAUGCGUCAGGGACGAAGGACACAGAGGUAACGAAAUCACUGCUUUAUUUUUCUUCCAGUAGCGUACCCAGUUGUACAGAAUUUGUAUCUCAAGAGAGCGUUACGGCUCCUGCCAUUGAAGAAUCCACGUCAAGAUGUGUGUACCAAAAACAGCCUUUGCUAUACAGUUGCGCCGGCCAUGAUCCAAACUACAGGAGAUUCUGCCCUUGCAGACAUUACAGAGAAGGGCAAAUAGCGCUAUGUAGGAGCUGCUUUUGAAAGUUCAAGAAGAAAUGGGACAAGAAACUCAGGAGCUCAGCUUUACAAAGCAUGAUAUCAGGCCCACCGGCCUGAGACUGACUUGCUGACCUAAAUUGUUGAAAAAUGUUUCGAAAGUCAGGCGCUAACAAGGUCAUUGAAGGAACUUGAAAUUUCAGCAGUACCACCCAAGUUGCGACAGUAGUCAAACAAUUGCCAUGUUUUAGAACGGUUUUGAAAUGAUUACCCAAGUAGUUACCCUGACCAAUCACACACGAGCUAAUUAUCAAAUCACCCAAUCAGAUGACGAGGCAAAGACAUGUAACCGGCGUUAAGCGCGGGAAAACACGUACAGCAAGUCUUAUUGGUUUUAUUUUUUGAUUGGUUGAGAAUGUGGCCCGAG